AUGGAACAUGCGACCCGGGUGCUCCCCCGCCAGAUCUGGGCGAACCCGACGACGAGUUCGACGAAGACUUACUCCCCAGGCUGCACGCCAUUUGUUUUGCCUAGCGAUGGACUUGUCUACUACAACAAAUCGUACGCUGUGACCCUUACCGAAAACGCUGUCUUCGAGCCUCUUUGUACUGGCUCGCCUACCGAUGAUGUCCACGUCUCCGCCGUUCUUGAUACCCGUGACCCGUUCUACUCUUCUGUUACGCCACAGCUGUAUGCUAUCGGGUGCGCGACUGUUGUCAGCUACCUCCUCGUUAUUAUCCUCCUAAUUACUCCCCGAACAUUCUACGUCGGUGGACCGGGCGGUGGCGCGAAUUUCCUCGGACGACAUGGGAUGAUUAGCGGUUCAUACAGCGGGAAUUCCUCGGUGGUCGGAGUCGGUGGACGACCAUGGCUGCAGAAAGUAGCUGCGAUCUUAGUCGCGAUAUCAUUAACGAUCGCCACGGUCGAUUCGUUCAAAGUGGCAGAACGACAGUACAAUUAUGGGUUUUCCGACGCCGAAGCGCUUUCCGAGGAAGUGAUUGAUGGAUUGGAAAUUCGCAUUGUCAGAGUAAUAUCCAGCACGUUUCUUUGGCUUGCGCAGGUUCAGACUUUGAUUCGAUUGUUUCCGCGACAUAAGGAGAAAGUCAUGAUCAAAUGGGCUGGGUUUGCGUUGAUUGUGCUGGAUACGACGUUCAGUAUAUUGGAGAAUUUUUUGGUGAGGAGUUCGUCGACACGACCAAGAUUAUAUGACGACGCGAUUCCUGCUUUGAGUUAUUUGUUUGAGUUGUCCCUCAAUCUGCUUUAUGCUGCGUGGGUUAUUUUCUACUCGAUUUCGAAGCAUCGUUAUGCCUUCUUCCAUCCCAAGAUGCGAAAUAUAUGCCUGGUGGCUCUUCUGUCACUAUGUGCUAUUCUGAUACCUGUGGUAUUCUUUGUUCUGGAUAUUUCCAGGCCAGAGAUUGCUGGGUGGGGUACAUAUAUUCGAUGGGUUGGAUCUGCUGCGGCCAGUGUGGUGGUGUGGGAAUGGGUGGAACGAAUUGAGGCGCUGGAACGAGAUGAAACGAAGGAUGGAAUCUUGGGACGAGAAGUGUUCGAUGGUGAUGAGAUGCUUGAGGUUACACCGUCUGAAGAAGUCGACUGGCCGCGAUAUUCACAUCAAGGACAUGACCGAGGCGGCGGCGGUGGUACCUCUUCUGGAUGGGGCGGCAUGAUGGGUCUAGCACAUCGACCGCUACGAGCUCGAGCUGGACUUCCUCGUGUUAACCGGAACAGAGGUGCCGGGGCUCCAGCAAACAACCCCGCCGCUGGCAUGCCACCGAGGCAUCCAAACAACCGUCCCACACCACCCCCGGCGGCCAUUACGCCGGUGAGCCGGGCUGAUACUACCAGUGCAGCGAGCACAGUAUAUAAUGUUCGAUAUCAUCCAGUGGCGAGCCCUACACCUCCCGUCGCGAUGCCAGAAAUGGACGAGGAAGCGGAACUCGAGGAAACCAAGGAAAUGGAAGAAGGAAGACAAGUUCCUGACACGGCUGAACAUGGUCUAUCUGCCGAAGACGCACGAGAGCAGUCGCCGCAAAUCGUCCAAGCAGACCCACGAUGGCGCGCCCUCCUCAACCCAUUCAAGAGGCGACGGGCAUCACUGCCCAAAGAAGUCGCCAUUGCGCAAGCCGGAGAAGAGCCCUCUGAACGCAACCCGUCUGUGUCUUUAAUAGGCGAAGAAGCUGAGAUAGAGGCACAUGCUGCCCGGACCCGAGCCGAUCACUUCUUCUCUCUACGCAAAGUAAGACCAGGAUCUGGCUCGCUCAAUACAGACAAUUCCCUCCCCGUGACCGUCAUUCCCGCCCGCCGUCGUGGCCAACACACAUGGUCACCCCAGAACCGGUUGCUGGAGCCCUCUACACUCCGUGAAACCUCUACCAGUCGGGCCGAACCUCCCCCUGGCCGAGUCCCCGGCCGAGUUGAUCGGCCAGAUCUACCAGUCCGGCUCAUCCCCUCGCAACCACAGGCCUCUGCACCAUGGACGGAGGCUGACGUGGAGCGAGGAGGCGGGGACUAUGUCUUACACUACGACCCUGAAACUGCGGCCUUGGUCAACGCCGAUGUCAGCCUGGCUCAUGAUAGCCGGGCUGCCAAUUUCGACCAACGCAGCUGGACGGAAUCCACCGCUUCUGAUGAGAGGGACGAGCCGACUGCACCUGCUGUGCAGUCCCACGUUGAAUCAAAUACUUCGCAACCACCAGAUGCAGAGCACAGGUCUAAUGAACAGCACUGA